CCUCUUUUUCCUCCUCUUUCCUCUUUCCUCUCCUGCUAUUGCUUCUCGUUGCCACAUUCUUCUCACAGCAGGAGAGCCACCAUUGCCUCUCUCUCUCUCUCUCACUAACCCAACUUCCCUUCCUUUACACAAAGCUAUAUACCUAAACCUAUAAUGCCUUCCGUCAUUGUUGCUGAAGCCAUGGCCUCUGAAGAGUCACUAAAAGACCUGAAGAAGAAGGGGAAGAAGACUCCAAAACCAGCCGCUGAAACCCUAGACUCUGAAAAGAAGAAGUCAAGGCAUAGUAAGGUUGAUUCGGAGUCUGAUCCCGAGGGAAGCUCGGCGGAGAAGAAGCGGAGUAAGAAGAAGGAGAAGAAGCGAAAGGCUGCCGAGAUUGAUAGCGGCGAUGAGCAGGGGAGCGAGAGCUCCGAGUUGGUGGAGCCGGUGAACUUCAAGGCGGAAAAGAAAAAGAAGGCUAAGUUGAUGGAGGCGGUUGGUGGUGAUGAGGAGGAGGAGGAUCCGUACGCGAUUACCAAUUUCCGGAUUUCGAAGCCUCUCAGAGAGGCUUUGAAAGCUAAGGGAAUUGAGUCGUUGUUUAAGAUUCAAGCUAUGACCUUUGAGGCCGUUUUGGAUGGUACUGAUAUGGUCGGUAGGGCUCGUACUGGUCAGGGUAAAACACUGGCCUUUGUUUUGCCAAUUUUGGAGUCCUUAACUAAUGGUCCAGCUAAAGCUACCCGGAAGACCGGGUAUGGUAGACCUCCCAGUGUUCUGGUGCUUUUACCUACCAGGGAGCUCGCUCUUCAGGUUUUUACUGACUUUGAGAUGUAUGGUGGGGCAUUGGGGCUAACUUCUUGUUGCUUGUAUGGUAAUACACCUUAUGCACAACAAGAAAUGAAAUUGAAAAGAGGAGUUGACAUUGUAGUUGGAACGCCUGGACGGAUCAAGGAUCAUAUAAUGAGGGGAAAUAUUGACUUGACCUCUUUGAAGUUUCGUGUCCUUGAUGAAGUUGAUGAAAUGCUGAGGAUUGGUUUUGUUGAGGAUGUUGAAUUUAUUCUAGGCAAGGUGGCAGAUGUGAAACAAGUUCAAACACUCCUUUUCAGUGCAACAUUGCAGGAUUGGGUGAAGCAUAUUGCCUCUAAGUUCCUCAAGCCUGAUAAGAAGACGGUAGACAUUGUUGGCAAUGAGAAAAUGAAGGCUAGCACUAGUGUCAGACAUAUUAUUAUUCCAUGCUCUAUCUCAGCCAGAUCUCAACUUAUACCUGAUAUUAUUCGAUGCUAUAGCAGUGGAGGUCGCACUAUUAUUUUUACUGAAACAAAGGGUUAUGCAUCUGAGCUUGCUGGCUUGUUGCCUGGGGCCCGGGCUUUGCAUGGAGACAUACAACAGUCCCAACGUGAGGUUACACUUGCUGGUUUCAGAUCAGGCAAGUUCUUGGCAUUAGUAGCCACUAAUGUGGCAGCACGUGGAUUGGACAUUGACAAUGUCGAGUUAAUUAUCCAGUGUGAACCCCCACGCGAUGUAGAAGCUUAUAUUCAUCGAUCUGGAAGAACAGGAAGGGCAGGAAAUACUGGUGUUGCUGUAAUGCUUUAUGAUCCUAAGAGGUCCAACAUUUCUAGGAUAGAAAGGGAAUCUGGUGUUAAGUUUGAGCAUAUUGCUGCUCCACAGCCAGCUGAUAUUGCUAAAGUUAUUGGUAAAGAAGCUGCAGAACAAAUUGCUGGAAUUUCUGAUAGUGUAAUACCGGCAUUCAAGGCUGCUGCUGAGAGUCUGCUAAGCACCUCUGAUCUGUCACCAGCAGAUUUGCUUGCAAAGGCACUGGCUAAGGCUGCAGGAUAUACUGAGAUCAAGAGCCGGUCACUUCUCACUUCCAUGGAGAACUGUGUUACUCUACACCUUGAGAGUGGGAAGCCUGUCUAUUCACCCUCCUUUGUAUAUAAUGUCUUGAAGAGGUUCUUAUCUGAAGAGACAGCUGAAUCAAUCAAAGGCUUGACUUUAACAGCUGAUGGGACGGGUGCAGUUUUUGAUGUGUCUACUGAGGAUGUAGAUACCUUCAUAGAAGGUGCUAAAAAAGCAUAUGAUGUCAGUCUGGAAGUUGUGAAAACAUUGCCUCCAUUGCAAGAAAGGGAACAGAGUCGAGGUGGUGGUAGAUUUGGAGGUGGUGGUCGUGGGUUCUCCGGUGGGAGAGGUGGCCGCUUUUCCGGUGGGAGAGGUGGAAGAGGGGGAUUUUCUGAUCGAAGAAGAGGUGGUGGUGGUGGAAGAGGCCACAAAUGGUGAAGAAUACCAUUUGUGUUUAUCACGCUGCUCAUUGUAGAAAUUGUUCCAUCCAUCAUAUAUGGAACAUAAAUUUUGGGAUAAUGAAGAAAAGUGUAGUGUCUGCUGCACAUUGUGGAACCUAAUUAAGACUUUCUAAGAUACAUAGGUUUAUUGUUUUUUGAAAUUACCAACUUUCUAAGAUGUAGGUGUUUUAUUAUGUUUUAUUUUUAAAGUUGUUUCCAAGUUC